AAGUGACGCAUCGGUUUGUUGACAGCGGCCGCCGCUGCCAAUGCCAGCGCCAGGGGGGAAGGAAAAAGGGAACGGGGAGAUCGGACCCCGGUGGGAACUGCGCCCUCGCGCUCCCCCUCCCCGCCGGAAACGGAACCAGCCGCGCGGCGGAGCUUUGUUUCCCCCUCCCCCCCCCACACACACACACUCGCACACCCCCCCCCGCCGCCGCCGCCGCCGCCAGGCGGAGAGUCCGCUGCCUUGAGAUAUACUUCAAAGCCCACUCAGAAAUCUCUUUGGAGGGAAAACCCAGGAGAGAAAUCACUAAGCUGACUUCACCUUCUCCCUUCCCCUUUUCCCAUCCUCCACGGCCCCAAGAUGGCUUCCGACAGCCCAGAGUCGCUGAUGACUUUGUGCAUAGAUUAUUGUCUUCACAACCUGGAAGGGACUCUCUGCUACUUGCUGGACAACGAGACUUUCCGCCUCCAGACGGAUAUUUUCCUCCCAAGCGAGAUCUGCGACAGGCUAGUCAACGACUACGUGGACCUGGUAAACGCAGACACCUUGUUUGAGCACAACGAAAACUUUUUUAGUCUCUUUUCGGAUCCCCGGAGCACUCGGCUCGCCCGCAUCCACUUGCGAGGCGACAUUGUCCAGGAUCAAGACCUGGAGGCCAUUCGGAAGCAAGACCUGGUGGAGCUUUUCUUGACCAACUGCGAGAAGCUGACGGCCAAGAGCCUCCAGACCCUGGGCAGCUUCAGCCCCACCUUGGUGUCGCUCAGCCUCUUCGGCUGCACCAACUUCUUUUACGAGGAGGAGAACCCGGGCGGCUGCGAGGACGACUUCAACCCCAGCCGGCAGGUCUUGGUGAAGGACUUCACUUUUGAAGGCUUCCGGCGGCUGCGUUUCCUCAACCUGGGGAGGCUGAUGGAAGGGAUCAACGUGGAAAGCCUCCUGCGGCCGCUGGCCUCCCUCACCGCCCUGGAUCUCUCCGGGAUCCAGCUCAACGACAUCCACUUCCUGACCCAGUGGAAGGACAGCCUCGCCUCCUUGGUGCUGUACAACAUGGAUCUGUCCGAGGAGCACAUUCAGGUGAUAGCUCAGCUGCGGAAACUCAGGCAUUUAGACAUCUCCCGAGACUGCCUGUCCAGUUAUUACAAAUUUAAGCUGACCCGCAAAGUCCUGAAUCUCUUCGUGGAGAAUCUGAGCAGCCUGACCUCUCUGGACAUCUGCGGUCACACCAUGCUGGACAACUGCACCGUCGCCUGCUUGGAUGAGAAGACAGACCAGGCCAGCACCCACCCCGGGAAAAGCAGCAUCGCCCCCUUCCGGAACCUGAAAAGGCCCCUGCAGUUCUUGGGGCUGUUUGAGGUCUCCCUUUGCCACGUCACGCACAUCCCGGCCUACAAGGUGACCGGGGAGAAGAACGAGGAGCAGGUUCUCAACGCCAUCGAGGCCUACACCGAACACCGGCCGGAAAUCACGUCGCGAGCUCUCAACAUCCUCUUCGACAUUGUGCGGAUCGAGCGCUGCACGCAGCUCCUGAGAGCCCUCAAGCUGGUCAUCAUUGCCCUGAAAUGCCACAAGUACGACAAGAAUAUCCAGGUGACGGGAAGCGCCGCCCUCUUCUACCUCACCAACUCCGAGUACCGGACCCAGCAGAGCACCCGGUUACGGCAACAGGUCAUCCAGGUGGUGCUGAACGGCAUGGAGUCCUACCAGGAGGUGACGGUGCAGAGGAACUGUUGCCUCACCUUGUGCAAUUUUAGCAUCCCCGAAGAGCUGGAGUUCCAGUACCAACGGGUCAACGAGCUUCUGCUCAACAUCCUGAACCCGACGCGGCAGGACGAGUCCAUCCAGCGCAUCGCCGUGCACCUCUGCAACGCCCUGGUCUGCCAGGUGGACAACGACCACAAGGAGGCCGUCGGACGGAUGGGGUUCGUCAUGACCAUGCUGAGGCUCAUUCAGAAGAAAUUGGGGGAUAAAAUAUGCGACCAGGUGAUGGAAUUCUCCUGGAGCGCUUUGUGGAACAUCACCGACGAGACGCCCAGCAACUGUGAGAUGUUCCUGAAUUACAGCGGCAUGAAACUCUUCCUGGAGUGUUUGAAAGAGUUUCCGAACAAGCAGGAGCUACACCGCAACAUGCUAGGGCUUUUGGGCAACGUAGCCGAAGUCCAAGCUCUCCGUCCUCAACUUAUGACCUCCCAGUUCAUCAGCGUCUUCAGCAAUUUAUUAGACAGCGAAGCCGACGGGAUCGAAGUGUCAUACAACGCCUGCGGGGUCCUUUCCCACAUCAUGUUCGACGGGCCAGAGGCCUGGCUGAUCGCCGAGCCCAGCAGAGACCAGGUGGUGGACCGGAUGUGGGCAGCCAUUCAACGCUGGGACGUCAAUUCCAGGCGGAACAUCAACUACAGGUCCUUUGAGCCAAUCCUGAGACUCCUCCCUCAGGGGGUCUCCCCCGUCAGCCAACACUGGGCCACCUGGGCCCUUUACAACCUCGUCUCUGUCUACCCGGACAAAUACUGCCCCCUGUUGAUCAAGGAAGGCGGCCUUCAGCUCCUCCAGGACAUGGUUCAGAUGGCAUCAGCACGGCCAGAGACCCAGGAGAUGGGAAGGAAAGUCAUUGAACACUGCGAUCAGUUUACGGAUGAGAACAUGGACACCUCCAGAUAGAGCCCAGCGUGGCCUCCCAGGCGCAGCCCUCAAUGCGCCUGCCUCCUCUCCAAUUCACCCUGUACAUAGGUCGGACUGUCUCUCCUCACCAGCUUAGCUGUCGGGAGAAGCCCUCCGUGCGUGCUGGGGGGGUGUUGGAAGUGUGCGUACCUGGACAUUGUGAGGAAGGCGAGAGAGAGGCUCAGGAAACGGGGGGGGGGAAGGGGGGAAUGGGGUGGGGGGGCAUUUUAGAGAAUCCACACCUGAGCAUUUUGUCUUCGAGGGACCAUUUUGUUUUGCACACUACAGUUGCUUCCCUUUAAAAGUGGAGUUUGAGAUAGGAAAGGGGAGGGGAGGGGUUUUUAAAAAGUACUGAUUGGUGUUUUUGUUUGUGUGCGUGUGUGUGUGCGUGUGUAACAUGACUGUGUGAAACGGAAAUCCACGCUGUUGUGUACCUGUGGAGCUUUUCGACACAGCACGGAGAUCUCCUUGGGAGUCACAGUGCCGCCCUUCGGCCCGACUGUCGCUUCCCCUUUUGCAAUCCUCCCCCCCCCCCCCCGGGGGAGCGGAGGGCUCAAAGAUUGAGGCGCGUCGAAGCUGCUGCUCACCCCAGGCCAGGAAGGACUGUGGGGCUGGGAAUGAUGGGUCUGGUCAACCCACCUGAACGGCCUCGGAGCGGCUCCAAUCGGAACACUAAGGAGGAACGGGGGCCCUUUCGCUCUCUUUUGAAAUCUCCCCGUUUUUCUUGCAAAAGCAGCAAAGGAAUUUGGGCCGGUUAAUACUGAGGUAGGUCGAAGCCCAUCUACCCCCCCCCCUCCCAAACUCCUUCAGAUGCAGCCGAAGGCUUCCGUGCACGGCGUUGGUCGAAGGUUCCUUCGGGAGUUUUAGGAAGCAGGAGGGGGGGAAAAAACGGUAAUCCUUGGCAGAUCUUGCCGAGUUAUUGCUGUGACCAGACACUUUGGGCAUUGAGAAGAGAUUCAAGUUGUCGUUUCUCUGCAAAGCGCCAGGCGUGGAAGUAAGCCUCCUGUUGCGCUCUGAAGACGGGGCAGGCAGAGAUAGCGACUGGCUCCCUGGACGACACACGCAUGAGGUGGAGACUCUCGAGGCAGGAUGCUCCCUAGCCAGGAAAAAGCCGAGUCUUCCUCUUAGCUUAAAAGUUUCUUUGCGAGCUGCUUGAGGGUCCGGAGCAGAAAACCGAGACAGAUGGAAGAAAUGUAGAUUAAAACUUGUGAAUUUAUAUUCUCCUUCCCUGCCUGGCUCCAGCAUGGAGCGUACAGCAUGGCCGAAUCUCCCAAAGGGGGAGAUUUUUAGUCCUUAUCCAUCACAAACCAAGAAAGGUUUGUAUAACUGGUUGCAAAAAACAGGCUUGCAUUUAUAUAUAUAUAUAUAUUUUUAAAAAAGUUUGUCAAAAUGCCCCUCCUUCUAUUACGCAGGCUUCCUUAAAGAAACCCAGAUUCGUGGCUUUUAACGCAAGCGUAUCGGUGGCACCUUUUUAGAGAGCGUUCACACGCACGUGGGAGAAGGCCUGCUUUCGGUUCAAGCGUGCAUCCGACUUGUAGUUUUUCUGUUCGGCCGUCCUUUUUAAAUAUAUAUGUUCAGAACUAGAGUUUGGAGUAGAUGGUCUCCGAGGCCCCUUCUCGCCCACCUGAUUUUAUGCCGUUGAUGGAUUCCUUGCUGACCACCGAGGCCCGUCACCAACUAGGAUUUCUUCAAUUGGGAAAAUGAGAUGCAGCCGUGAAUGUCUGCAUUUCAGUUUGCCCUCCUGCCUUUGAUUUGAGCUCCUGGGAAAGCAGAGCUAGUCAAAGAGACGACCCAGCAGGGGGAGGGCAGAAGGCCCUGGGUUUAAUCCCGGGUGUACUUCUAAACCUGGCUUUAAAUUUUGUUUUUUUUGGGGGGGGGGGGUUCCUGUGGCGGAAGGCAGGCCCUUGUGAAAAUGAAAGUUUUAUACCUCUUGCAAGUUUAAAAAAAAAAACUACAGUUCCGAAGGUUGCAGGAAUGGAAUUUCUCUCUCGAUGGAGCAAAUGGCGAGUCAGUCUCAACAGGGUAGCCUGGCCAGUUUUUAACCUGCUUGUCCGUUUAGUGACGGACACAUUUUAAAUCAUAGCAUUCAUGCCGCAGCUGCUGCUACUACUUUGGAUAAGCUGAAUGUGCAAAAUGCUUUGGGAAAUUACCCAAGUUUUCUGAUCAGGGUUUGAGGGGCCCUUGGUGCUCCCUCAGCUGGGGGGGUUUGCAUCCCCCAGCUAAGUAACAUCAGCAGGGCUAGAAGGGAGAUGGCUUCGCUCUCUCCUCCUCCUCCUCCCAGCACUGAAGAUGUUGCCUAGUUUGGGGUAAUGAAAACAGCCAAGAUCAGGGGGCACCCAAAACCCCUCAUCGCAACCCUGAGUUUUAAACGCCCUCUUUUAUUGAUGGGUUUCUAAUGGAAGAGAGACAGGAGAGGUUGGGGGAGGGAAAAGGAAAUGGACAGGUUCCCUCUCUCUUGCAGUGUGUGGCCUUCCAAUUAGCUUCCCCCCCAAAAAUUGAUUUGCCUGCAUUUUAUUUCAAAUCAAAUCAAAACACACAGCGCUUCCUGAAUAAAUAAAAUUCAGCCGUGCCGGCUGCAAAGCUGGACAUUCCCUCAGCAAAUCUCAGAACCCAGACCUCUGACUAGGACUAAAAUAGUCCCCAAUUUCUCUAUUUCAAGUUCUUUUCCUCGAAAGGCACUUUGGCUGAUUUUGGACUUUGAAUAGCCAAGGAAUCGGAAUAAUACGCAAACGGGAAGUUUUCAAAAUGAUAUCUGGCUUGUGAAGCACGAUGGGUGCCGCUACCCCACACAUCUGGCAGACACCAAGUUGGGGAACAAUCUGUGGAGGAUUUUUGGCUCAGUCUUCAGCCAGCCAAAAAGCAUAGAUGACCUUAAGGAACCCCAAAAUAUUUGCAUACUCCAGCUCUCCUCCCCAACUGCCGUGCGGUCAGACUUGGAAGAAACUCACAAAUUCCUGAGGUUGUUCGUGACAUUUUGAGUGGAUGCCAGCUGCUUCUUCCUUUGACUGGAGUCAGGAGAGGUCCUCUCUCAACAUCUGGGGCCCAGAAAACAUCUGGCAUAGAAAAUCCACCCCAAAAAUUCUCUUUUUCGUGCAGUUCUCCUAACUGUGCCCUCAAAUUGAUCAGUUUAUCCAUUUAUCUAUUUUUUUUUCCUUCUGGAUAGAUAGAGGCUAUCUAUAGGUAUUAUAUUCCUUUCUAGAGCAAGAUUUGUGGUAAAACCUCCUCAUGAGUGGAAGACGGAAGAAAUCGAUUCCUGACGACCUUAUUGAUGAAGGGAAUUUGAGCCCAUCACUUCAGGGAUGGCAAUUUCCCAGGCGGGUGGACUCCAAGCCCCAGAAUUCCAGUUAGCGUAGCCAUCGCUGAGAAUUCUGGGAGUUGAAGUCCACUUGGCCACAGUUGAGAGAACACUACAUUGGUUGGGAAUCGGUUGGUCGAAGGAACAACCUGGCUUAAUCUUUGCAAGCUGCCCAGAGUUGCCUCGUGGUGAGAUGGGUGGCAAGUAAAUGUAAUAAAUAAAAUAAGGAAACCUGGCUUCGUGAGGACCUGAAAAAGGAGAAUUAUUGGCGCGCCUUCCCCUGAGUCAGAAGAAAGGCAGAGUGUGGUUGAUGUUUAGAAGGAAAAUAAAUCCUGGAUUUUCCUUGACCUGGGAAAAUGCAUCUUAAGGUGUGGGCUUGUUAGAUCUCCAAGAGGAAGAGGUGGUCUUAGUUU